AUGAUACGCUCACGAACAAUCACCUCUCUCCUCCUCAUCCUUUCUCUCUUAUCCUCUCCAGCCCUCGCAUACGGCGGCAGCUCAUCCUCCUCCCAAAAACCACCAGGCAAAAACGCCAUCCUCCUCUCAAACGUCCACACCCUCACCCUCCACGGCGAUCGCCUUACGACCGGACGCCGUCUCUCUCCCAUCCCCCAACUAACAUGCACGGGACCAUCCAAGCGCAUCUGCAACCUCUAUCCAAUCGAGACGAUGCGUUGCACGAACGUCGGCUACGACUACGACAAAGAAGACGUCCAAUGGACCUGCACCGCAGACCUACCACCGGAAUUCAAGCUCGGCUCUACAGACGUCGUCUGCGAAGGGUACCGGAACUCCGAUGAUCCAUGGGUUCUGAAGGGGAGUUGUGGGGUGGAGUAUCGAUUACUUCUGACGGAGCUGGGAGAGAGGAGGUUUGGGGAUAUAGUGCAGAAAGAGAAGUCGGGGUGGAAUCAGUUGUUUUCGGUGAUAUUCGAUCUGUUGUUCUUUGCGUUCAUAUGCGGGGUCAUAUUGGUUAUAUUGACGGUUAUUGUGAGGGAUUGUUUCGGUCUGGGGAAUCGGGACGGAAGACGGAAUGAUGGUCGUGGAGGGCCAGGAGGAUAUGGCGGAGGAGGAGAUGGUGGAUAUCCUCCAGGACCACCACCGCCAUAUGACUAUCCGUCCAGCGGCGGGCCUUGGUAUAAACCUACUUAUGGACAGGGUUGGAGGCCGGGUUUCUGGACUGGAGCGUUGGGUGGCACAGCUCUGGGAUAUGAAAUGGGAAGACGAAACCAGGGAGGAUUCUUCCGGCCAGGCCCAUCGCGCCCCAGACGCUACGACUACGACGAUCCCGGCGAGGGAAGUUCUAGAUCUCCAAGUUUCACAACUACAACCUCCAGCACCGGUUUCGGAUCAACCAGACGCCGUUGA